GUCAGUUCGUCUUCUGAAUAGUCAUUCUCUCAUUGCUUGGGGAACUUGUUUCUCCGGCGUUCGUUUCUGUUUUUUUCUCACACCAUAUACGAGUUGACUCGUCAUUUCAUAAAACAAUGCCUACGACAGAAAAUCCUGUGAAAAAUGUAGUCGUACACCCCCUCGUUUUAUUGAGUGUUGUCGAUCAUUUUACACGUAUGAGCAAAAUCGGCAACCAAAAGCGAGUGGUUGGUGUCCUGCUUGGUGCUCUAAGAAAUAAAGGAGUCUUGGACGUUUCAAAUAGUUUUGCAGUUCCUUUUGAUGAAGAUGACAAGGACAAGUCUGUGUGGUUUUUGGAUCAUGACUACUUGGAGAAUAUGUCUACUAUGUUCAAGAAAGUGAAUGCUAAGGAAAAGAUAGUUGGCUGGUACCACACUGGUCCCAAACUUCAUCAGAAUGAUGUUGCUAUCAAUGAACUAAUUAGGGAAUAUUGCCCCAAUUCCAUCCUAGUCAUCAUUGACGCUGAACCUAGAGAUAUGGGUCUCCCAACAGAAGCUUACCACGCAGUUGAAGAAGUUCACGAUGAUGGUACUCCUACUAGUAAAACGUUCGAGCAUUUGGCAAGUGAGAUCGGGGCAGAGGAGGCAGAAGAAGUAGGAGUAGAGCAUUUGCUUCGGGAUGUUAAGGAUACGACCGUUGGAACUCUAUCGCAGAGGAUUACAGCACAGUUAUUGGGUUUGAAAGGCCUCCUGAAGCAAGUCCGACACAUACACGAAUACUUAGACCAGGUAAUACAAGGAAAACUGCCAGUGAACCACGCCGUAGUUUAUCAGCUACAAGAUAUCUUCAAUUUGUUGCCCGAUGUGGCGGAUCAGCAGUUUGUAAAGUGCGUACACACUAAAACCAAUGAUCAAAUGUUAGUUGUCUACCUAGCAUCGCUCACUCGAUCCGUCAUCGCCUUGCACAACCUUAUCAACAACAAACUUACAAACCGGGAUGCCGAACGUCGCAAAGACGAGAAAGAUAAAGAAGGAAAGGAAAAGAAAGAGGAAAAGAAAGAAGAAAAGAAAGAAGAAAUUACAAAAGACAAAAGUGAAAAGAAAUAAAAAGUAAUUAACAGUCUCUGGGAAUAUUGAGUGUAUCAAUCGAACAUCAAUACAUGUCUCCCUAUAAUUUUUCCGGGAUAACAUGGAA